AGGGUCACUGCGCCAUCGACCUCGGUAUAAAUGGAGGGACACGUUCUUCCCAGAGGAGGCAGCUUUCCCUACCCAUUCCUCGUGCCACGUACGCCUCCAACAUGAGCUUCUGCAAGGACUGCAUCUCUGGUGUGAUAAACGAAGGCGAGCCAGCCGGCAAGAUCGAGAAGAUCGAUGGCGUCGACGUCUAUGUAGCGACCCCGGAGAUUGACUAUCCCAAGGACAAGGUUAUCCUUUUCCUUCCCGAUGUCUUCGGUUUAGCCCAGAACAACAAGCUCGUCGCCGACGCAUUCGCGAAGAAUGGAUUCAAGACUAUCCUUCCUGACUACCUCAACGGCGAUCCGAUCUCUGAGGACGUGUUGACGGGCAAGGUUCCCGGUUUCACGAUCAACGACUGGUUCGCGAACCACGGCCCGGACAAGACCCGCCCGCCGCUUGACAAAGUCAUCAACGCGCUGAAAACGCAGGGCGUAACUAUCUUCGGUGCUACUGGGUACUGCCUCGGGGCUCGCUAUGCGUUUGACCUUGCAUUCGAAAACAUCCCUAAGGCGGUUGUCGUCAACCACCCUUCGCUACUCGAGCCCAGCGACCUGGAGAAAUACUUCUCGGUGUCUAAGGCACCGCUCCUCAUCAACUCGUGCGAGGUUGACCAGAUGUUCCCCGCCGAGAAGCAGGCAAAGGCGGACGAGAUCUUCGGCAACGGCAAGUUCGCUCCAGGAUACACGCGUCUGUACUGGGAAGGCUGCACACACGGGUUCGCUGUUCGUGGCGAUGUCAGCGACCCCAAGGUGAAAGCCGGCAAGGAGGGUGCCUUCAAGGCCGCCGUCGAAUUCUUCAUCAAGAACCUUUAGAAAGCACGCGCUAAGAGAUGACGAAUAGGUAGUAUUUUGGGGCAUAAAUGUACAUCAUUGAUCAUAUGCUUCGACGAAAUGAGCAUUCCAUAAGUAAGGCCUUGAUGUUCUACGCCACAC